AUGGCUUAUGCACCCAAGAACAUCCAACCAACUGUCCCAUACGGAGGAGGCUCGGUAAUGAUUUGGGGGUGCAUCUCCCAUGACUGCAAGCUGGACCUGGUCACCGUUAAGGGCAAUUUGACAGGUGACCAGUACAUCUGUCAGGUCCUGGAACCAGUUGUCGUGCCACAUUUCGACAACCACCCACUCGCUACAAGGCCUCAGUACAUGGAUGACUGCCAGGCCUCAUCGUUCCCGGGCUGUGACGGCGCAUCUCCAGAACAACGCUGUGACGACUUUGCCUUGGCCCGCCAUGAGCCCCGAUCUGAAUCCCCUGGAGCACAUUUGGGACAUUCUUGGCCGUCGUAUACAGAAACUGGACCCCACCCCCCUGUACAGAAUCUGAGAGAACUGGAAGCUGCUUUGCAUCGGGAGUGGCUGUUGCUGCUGCUUCGUCAGAAGAUCCGACACUUGACUGGGAGGGUGAGGAGCAGGCUUGAGGUGGUCAUCCGAGCACGUGGAGGGUACACAAAGUACUGA